UCAGUACCGUGCAUGGUGUUAAAAGAAGGGGAGAAAGUUUUUUUCCUUUGGAAAGUGCACGUGCUAAAUGUAAACAUUCAAAUUGUAAAUGCUCUGAAAGCAAAUAAAAUAACUAUGGGUUGUAUAAAUGCCAAAAAGAGACGAAAGGAAGCAUUAAGACAAGGACUGAAUAUUUCGUCAUCAAAAAGAAAAACGUAUCUCAAGACGAAUGAGGACUCGGCAAAUGGGUCCCCAGCGCACGUGAGGGAGCCCGCCCCUCCCAUACCACUCCUGACCGAGCGGCAAAAGGAGUUGAUUAUGCAGUCCUGGCAAAAGAUUCAGGAGGACAUGUCAAAAGUGGGCGUGGUCAUGUUUAUGAGAUUGUUUGAAACGCACCCAGAUGUCCAAGACGUGUUCAUGCCAUUCAAAGGCCUGUCGCAAGACGAUCUUAGACAUAGCUCACAACUCAGAGAGCAUGCGCUGAGAGUUAUGGGGACGGUCGAAAAAUGUCUCGCCAGAAUUAACGAACCCAAAAAGAUGGAGGAAAUGUUGCACGACCUUGGGACAAGGCAUGUCAUGUACAGCGCCAAGGUGGACUACGUAGACUUGAUCGGUCCCCAGUUUAUUUGGGCCAUGCAGCCGGCGCUGGAAGACCAAUGGAACACCGAGCUGGAGGAGGCGUGGUCUGACCUAUUUAAGAUGAUGACCCAUGUCAUGAAAAACGCCAUGCAGUUUUAGGACAGCCAGAUCUCUUGUCUCUUGUAUAUCUAUACUAGUGCCUAAAUGAACGAGAAACCAAAAAUCAUAAGUGCAAUAUACGCCAGCUAGACUUCAUUUAAUUAAAUCCAUUGGCGUUUGGUGUUCAGUUUAAUAAAUAUUCUGGGAGAAAAUAUUUUUUCGCUUCAAAUGAGAAAAUUUUCUCAGAACUUUUUUUCUUCAAAUUUUGUUUAUAUAAUUUGAGAAUCAAAGCGAAAAGAUCAGUUUGAUUUUACAUGGUGUUGUCUAUAUGUCAUGUCAUGUGUUUUCAUUGUUUACAUUAGUCGACAUUUACAUUAUUAAUGUUUGUUUUAAAUUAUUUUAUAGUAGCAAUCUAGGAUGCGACGGUUUUU